AUGGAGGAACCAAUCUAUAACCCAAGCCGCCCAAUGCCAAACAUCAAUAUAAUCUAUCAAUACAAACUAUCCAACUGCCCGGGCAAAACCAUUGUUGGGCUCUUAGUCAAAUUCCCACCAAAUAGCUCAACCCCUCCCCACCGACAUGGUGGAGCCGCUGCGUCGGCAUAUGUGGUGGACGGGACACUUCUAAAUAAAAUGAAUGAUAAUCCGAUGCAAGUUAUGAAAAUGGGUGCAACAUGGCAUGAGGCACCAGGGUGUCACCAUCAAAUCAGUGAUAAUGCUAGCGAGACUGAGCCGGCUACGUUGAUGGUUUCGCUGGUUCUGGAUACGGAGGCUUUGGAUAGGGAUGGGAUGGAUGCUAUUAUUCAGAUUGAUCCAGAAUAUCGAUGA